AUACAUUCAUCCCCGGCGCCAUUUUCUUGACGACACAUAUGGACAAUUUUCCUGUAGAUGAAUCGGCGCGGCAUUUGGGGAAAAUUUUCUGAUCAAAUCAAAUCAAUAAACGAAGCCCAAGCAUGAGGACAUCACUACCACAGUACGUCUAUAAGACACACCAAACGACUCAGAGAGUCACGCGCGACACGCAAAGAGACGAAAAGAUUGCAGUGGCCGCAGAACCAGCGCCAAAAUUCUCGCUCAGAUCUGCUCAAUCUUAAUCUUCGUUGCCUUAUAUCUUCACUGCCUCAAAUUUUUGAUGAAUAUUUAUGGUUUUUCUAUUGAUUUUCAAGCGUUGAUCGCAUUUGUUAUUUAUUGUUAGGAGUUGAUUGAUAUCACAAUUUAAGAGUCGCGCGCAAUCGCUAGUGUAGUAGUUUUCUGGUUUACAAUGAAUUCGGAGAGGUUUUUGCGAGUGAAUGAUAAUGGAGGCGAGGUUUUUUCGCACACUGGAACGAUCGGAUCAUCGUCGUCGCCUCCGAGAUCGGUGCCAAAUUUAUCUCCGCCGUCGGAGGAAGUUAACGGUGGGGCUAGUUACAUACUACACACCGUUUCGAAGUUCGAUACGCUUGCCGGAAUCGCAAUCAAAUACGGCGUCGAGGUGGCUGAUAUAAAGAAGCUAAAUGGAUUGAUGACAGAUCUCCAAAUGUUUGCUCUUAAGACAAUACAAAUACCACUGCCUGCGAGACAUCCUCCUUCCUCCAGCUUGUCCAACGGCAACAUCCCUUCACGGCCAAGGAGCUCUCAACAAACAGCAUCCAGCCAAAGGUGCUCAGAUUUAUUCGAUUUGUUUCCAUCAUUGAAACUGAAAUCUUCAUCACAGCAAGUCUCGGGCAUCACGACCACCUCGCAAACUCAUCACAUCCAUAACCAUAAUCCAGCACUUCCAAAAGGUGCAGCAGCAGAAGGUUUUGAAAUGGUCCAAAACCAUGGCGACGAGGCUGAGGUUCUGUCGCAAGUAGCCGACAACGGUAGAUUGGGUAAACUAACCGAGAAUAUGGUGAGACGACGUCAAAAGUCUGAGGUUGAUUUUACUCCCCAAACUCCGGAAAAGAUUCUCAAGGAGGCGAACACCAAAAGCAAUUCAAUUAAAUCGAUCAAUGGAAAAAGCUGGCCAGAGUCAGCUAUAUGUGAUGUCUCGGAAAGUCUUGCAGAAGGAGGGCCUAAGACAAUUCCCAUAGGCUUUGGGGAUUCGUUGCGACCAGGUAACAUCAGCGAUGCUUGUAAGUCGUUAACUCCAUGUAGCUUACAGGAUUUCGAGGACAACAUAUUGUCAUUGACAUGGCUGGCAUCGAAUCAGCAUUUGAAGCCCGGUGUUCCAGCGCUGUCAAGCACAACCACCACCAGCAACCCGAUGCUCGGUCUAUCGAAGCCAAUGAGCAGAAGAAGCAAGGCAGCUGUUGAUUAAGUUGGCCCCCUUUCAACCAGUUAUGGGGUAGCAAGGAAACGAACCUCAUCGUCUGCGUGGCCAAUAAUGGCUGGCCCCCAAGAUCCGACAUAGUCGAUGUACUCGUUGCCAUCAAUAUCCCACAUAUGAGAACCCUUGAC